UUUACCUAAUAUAUUUCUGACGUGCAAAUACACAAUAAAAAAAAACUAUUUCCUCAAAAACUCAACAGUGACACACGUGAAGAGGAAGGAGGAGGGCUUCACUCGGUGUGUCUGGUUAGACACUAAUGUGCGGAUCUCAUAUGACCAACAUUUCAAAUGGAGGAAUCAUCUCUACAGCUGCUGCUGGCCUCUCUGACUGUGAGACCCAGCAGAUCUCAGCUGUUUGAAGGACAGUCUGUCUCUCUGAGCUGUGAGGAGGACGACAGCUCUGCUGGAUGGACUCUGAGGAGGAACACAACCAGAGACACCAGAGCUGAGUGUAAAGACUGGGGAAUAUCUGCUGGUUCUUCCUGUAACAUCGACUACAUGGUCCCAUCGGACAGUGGAGUUUACUGGUGUGAGUCCAGAGAGGGAGCAACCAGUAACAGCAUCACCAUCACCUUCACUGGUGGACCAGUGAUCCUGCAGAGUCCUGUCCUCCCUGUGAUGGAGGGAGAAGACCUCACUCUGACUUGUAAAACAAAGAUGUCCUCCAACCUCCCAGCUGAUUUCUAUAAAGAUGGCUCCUUCAUCAGGACUGAGCCUACACGUAACAUGACCAUCCACCAUGUUUCCAGGUCUGAUGAAGGCCUCUACAAGUGCAACAUCAGCAGUGUUGGAGAGUCUCCACCCAGCUGGGUCUCUGUCACAGGUGAGGAGGUUAAAGAGAAACCCACGACUACAACCUCCGCCACCUCAGACUACACCACUUCUUCCCCUCCCCCCUCCAGUCCCGGCUCCUCUCCUCGUCCCCCCGUUGUCUGGUCCACUGUUCCAGUCGGUGUCCUGGUUCUCCUGGUUCUCCUGGUUCUCCUGGUUCUCCUGGUUCUCCCGGUUCUCCUGGUUCUCCUGGUUCUCCUGCUGAGACGAUGCAUCCGUAGGAAACCUAAAGCUGCUGAAGUAGAAGCUGGAGAAGAUGACGUCACAUACAGUGAUGUCACAAUAUCACGUAACCUGCAGCAGCCAAUCAGAUGGAGCAGAGAGAGUGAUUCAGUGGAAAUCUACUCCGGAGUGAGAACAACAUACGUCAGUUAUGGAGAAAUAGUGAUCAAAGACAAGAAAUCAAACAGGAAGAGAGAGAGUGAUUCUACUGCAAUCUACUCCGGAGUGAGAACAACAGACGUCAGUUAUGGACAAAUAGUGAUCAAAGACAAGAAGACAAACAGGAAGAGAGAGUCUCCAGCAGAGCCAGAGGUCCUCUACUCCUCACUGAGGAAGACCUGAACACCAUCACACCAGUCCAACCAGUGGAGUCCAGCCGGCCAAUCACUGGUCCCCAGAGACCCUCACAUCUACAUCUGUUUGGCCCGGCAUAUUUUUUCGGAGAUUUUAAACCUUUGCGAGCACAAAAAGGUCAGUCUGGUCAUUGAAUCAACUGGCUUUAGAAGUCCCAAGGUAGAGGAACAAACUGUUGGGUCAGCCAUAUGUUCCCACAUUUCUAAGAUUUUUCUAGGAUUAGGGUUAAGUUUGCAAUAAACAAAGAGAUGGGCACACCAGAUUUAGCUAAAAGCUACAUUCCAUCUGUAGUCCAUUGCUACUGGAUAAUAGGUUGGGUGUAAUUGGCUACCAAAUUGGGAGAAAGGGGGGUAAAAUCUGAUACAAAUUUAUGAAAACUCUUUUGCAGUUGCUGCCCCGAGACUUUGGAACAAGUCACCACCUGACAUUUACACCAUUACAGACAUCGCUCUUCUGAAAUCCAAACUUAAAACUUCUUUAUUUAGAAUGGCUUUUAAUGCACAGUAGCGUUGCAGCAUUAUCUCUUUCUUUCUCCUGUUUUUAUGCAACAGUUUCAGAUUUUACUGUAUUCUAUGUUUUACUCUUUUUGUUGUACGGCAUGUUUUAUUUUUGGUCCUUCAAGCACUUUGGAUACCUGUUGAUUGCUGUGAAGCACUAUGAAUAAAUGUUGAUUAAUUUUAAGGCUAAAUUAGCCUAAUGCAGCUACAAAUAGACAAACAACUCACAUUUUAAGCAUUUUUGCAUUCUUUAGAUGUGUUAAGUUCAAACAAAUGCUUCUUUAUUUAAAGUCAUAGAUUUGUUCAUCUGUAAGUCUUUCAUACGUUUGUUAUUGAAGUUUCCUUUGCAGCAGGGGGAAAUUUCAGAGUUUAGUAAA